UUUGUUUGGCCUCACUGACCGGCUUUCUGUUGUUAGAUUGCCUCCUGCCUGUUAAUGUUUUUACUUUGUUGUCAAAGCACUUUGUAAACUCUGUUUUUAAAGGUGCUAUAUAAAUAAAGUUGUUAUUAUUAAUAAUAUUAUUAUUAGAGCCAUAACUUAAGUAGCAAAAUAUAAGUUUUUUCAGUAAAAUGUCGGAUAACAUUUUAUAAUUUAUAUUGAGCACAUUGCAUUAAAAAAUGGAUGAACAACAGGUCUAUUGGUUUUUACAGUGGCAAGCACAUAACAAGGGAAGUCCUCAGGUACAAACUUUGGACCCUGAUGUGGCACCGUAUAGGUGAGCCCUGAGUUAUAGUCAGCACGGAGCAAAUGGCUUAUCCAUUAAACUCUGGGCAACGCACUAAGCAAACAUUGCGUCAAAAGAGAACUGUACUGGAUAACGUGACCACUUCAGUUGAUCAUCUUUAUCUUUCCACCUCGCCAUGGGCCUUCGAGGAUCUAAGCAACCUGAAGCCCAAGUUCUCCUCCUAGGCCUGGACAACGCUGGAAAAUCGACUCUUCUCUACAAACUGAAACACAACGCGUGCGUGAGCACCGUUCCUACCAUCGGCUUCAACGUGGAAAUGCUCGAGGCGAGAAAGAACAGGAAGAACAUUGCCUUAACCGUGUGGGAUGUGGGUGGUCAGGGGAAGAUGCGGGAGCACUGGAAGAGUUUCCACCAGGACGUAGCAGCCGUCGUGUUUGUGGUGGACAGCUCUGACAGAGAGCGUCUCGGGGAAGCGCGAAGGGAGCUGGAGAAGACGCUGAGGAGUGACCAGCUGCCGGGCCGUCCACUCAUCAUUCUCGCCAACAAACAGGACGUGAACGGUGCUCUGACUGCCACAGAAAUCAAAGACAGGUUUCACCUGGGGAAGAUCUGCUCUGGUCGGGACUGGUUCGUUCAGCCUUGUUCCGCAUCGACGGGAUUUGGAAUUGAAGAGGCCUUCAGACAAGUGGUCCAAAUGGUCAAACUCUCAUCACACUCUGGGGCGAUGAAAGACAACAUCAAGGAAACAGUGCAUUACCUAAGAGCGAGUAGUAGACAUUAAGUUUUAUUUAGAUGCAAUGUGUUAUUUCCAGACCAUUGACAUUGAAAUAAGUUGUUCUACAUCUUUACUCCCUUAACAACCAUACCAACAAUAAAUCAUAUUUAAAGAGA